AUUUCGAAGGCGAAUGCCUUUAGUUCCUUUUUGCGAGACGAAAUUGCGAACGGACCACUAGAUGAGAGGUGGCGAAACACUGCAGCCAGGUUGAUUGCGCUCUACACGACGCUCAGCCGGAAGCACUUCACGAAUCAGCUCGGCGAUUCACAGUAUUUUUCGUCCCC